AUGGAAGCAGAGCUGCUGCGCUACAAGUCCCAGGAGGAGCAGCAGCACGAAGAAACCCUCAACGACCUCUCCAGGAAACUCCGCGCCGCCAAAGUGCGGGUGUCGCAGCUGAAGUCGGAAAAGGCGGAAGGCGAGCUGGAGCAGCAGCGGCUGCGGCAAGCAGCAGCAGCAGCAAACCAAGAAGCAGAAAGUUUGCGGCUGCAGCUGCAUGCAAAGGAAGCAGAAGCAGAAACCCUCAAGAGGGACUGCCACAGACACAAGCAGCAGCUGCAAAACGAACUCGCAGCUCGGGAGUCGCAGAAGGCGGAGUGCCAGCGGCUGUCACAGGCGCUAGAAGGGAUGCAGGAAGAAGCAGCAGAAACUCGAAGGACUUUAACUGCAGCAGCAGCAGCAGCAGCAGCAGAUUGGGAAGCUCGGCUGCGCUCGCUGCAGCAGCAAGCAGCGCAGCAGCAAGAAGACACCCUCAGAAUGGCAGCAGAUGAGAGACGCAGGGCCCUUGAAGCCCUCAGGGAGGAGUUGCGCGUGGCGCACGGCCAGGAGACGGAGUUGCUGCAGCAGCGGCUGCUGCAGCGGGAAGAAGAAGCAGCAAAACAAAGAAGACAAUCAGAAUCUUUGAUUAAAAGACUUGAAGAAACUGCUGCCACUUUAGGAAGAGUAAAAGCACUUUCCAGAAAAGACAAAAUGCAAAUCGGAGAACUCGAGGGCCGCCUGCAAGGCUCGCUGGAAGAGCAAAGCUGCCAGCAGCAGCGGCUGUCGGAGCUGCAGCAGCAGCUGUCGCUGCUGCAGCAGGAAAAGGGGGCUUUAGCCAGCGAAGCAGAAGCAGCAGCACAUCGGCAGCAGCAGCAGCAGCAGCAAAUUGAAGAAACCCGAAGGGCCCUUGAAGAAAGCCAAACCCUCGCGAGGGCUUUGGCCCGUGAGAAGGAAACCCUCCACCACAGGCUCAGCCACCUCCAGAUCGAACACACUAAAGCGUCUGAGGAGUGUGGGCGCGUGCGUUGCCGGCUGCUGGAGCUGUGGCGCUGCUGCUGCCUGUGCAGCGCAGCAGCAGCAACAGCAGCAGCAGCAAAAGGAAGAGAAGCAGAAAUGGAAUUUGAAACAAAUAGAACUUUUUCUUUUCUUUUGAAUUCUUCUUCGCCAGAACUUCGCCAGGCAGUCGAAGGCGCCUUCGAACGCGCCUGCAGAGACAGGGAGCAGCAAUGCAAAGCCAGAUUCGACGAACAACUGCGCAUUCUAGAAGAGUGA